CAACUGUGUCAGAAAAUGCCAUCAUCAAAUGAGGGAACACUAGAUGACAGACAGAAGAUGGAUCAAAGACAAUUAAAAUUAGACUAUAAAAGGCAAAGUGAACUGAGUAAGGAAGAAGAAGAAGAAGCAUUUCGAACUGUGGAACAAGAACUUCAAACUGUGUUCAAGCAAAUGGAGUUGAGUGAUCCCCUGAAUAACGUGUCACUGAUUAAAGAUGACGUGACCAGGUCAAACAUAGGGUCAUCCGGCGACUCGGAAAAAAUGAUCCAGCGCUUGAACGAUGAACUUCGAGAAGCCCAAGACCUUGCUAACACAGAGAAACACAAAUGCUCGGAGCUACAAGGCCAGCUGCACCAGCUCCAGGAUGAAGUGACAAGUCUCAGGGAGCAGAUUGACGACUCCGCCAGUGCACGCGACGAGCUGCAGAUUGCACGCGGCGAGCUGCAGAGUGCACGUGAUCAGGUGAAGUCGCUGAAACGUGACCUGGAGGCAGGCAGUGCACAGCGAGACCGUGACAUUGGCGCCGUCCAGGCGAACCUGGCCACCGUCUCAAAGGAGCUGGACAAGUGGCGCGAGACUGCCCACAAAUACGAGAAUGAGAUUGAAAACCUACAGCAGGACCUUCAGCAGCAGAGCGAGCAGUGGCAGAAAACUGCACAGAUACAAGCCGAUGAGAUGCGGUCCCUGCAGGUGGAGUGUAAAGGCCUACAGAUGGAAUGCUCCGUCCUGCGCUCCGAGAAGCAGGACAUCCUGAACGAACACCAGGUUGAAAAGAGCAGCCUGCAGAGUUACUGCGAAGCCCUCUCGGCUGAGAAGGAGGACAUCACCAAGACUCACCUGAAGGACAAGGACAACCUGCAGAGCGAGUGUGCAGCGCUGCACUCUGAGAACAAGGUCGCGCUGCAGAAGUGGCAGCAACUGGAGACGGAGCUCACCAGUUCACGUGCGCAGAAUGCUGAACAGAGCAGGAGCCUCAAAGGCCUGGAGAGGUCCCAGCAGGAGCUGGAGAAGAGACUGGCAGACCUGCAGCUCCAGCAGCAGCACGACAACACCGAGUGGCAAACCAAGCUGGAGGAGGCAGAGAGUCGCAGCGAGGCUCUUCAGAGAGAGGCUGAGGAGGCGAAGGCAGAGCUGUUGGACGCGAAGGAUAAAUAUGAGAAGAUGGAGCAGGAAAAGCAGUCGCUGACAGAUGAGCUUGAUGGAUGCAAAGCUAACAUGAAGGAAAUACAGGAGAGAGGAACCAAGACGACCCUAUUGCUGCCUGUUCAAGCCAUAGUCAUCGGCCUUGUCCUGGCUUUGCUGUUCUGGUGCUUCGGCGCAUUGUGGUAGAAGAAUGCCUCCUUCCUCUUGGGGAGAAAAAAAAAAAAAAGAACGUCUGAGAAAAAUCUAACCUCUCUAAUCAUACAGUAGCAGCAUCUGACAUCUGUGUGUCCUGUCUUGAGUGUCUAAUACAGGGGUUCUCAAAUGGAGGUUCGGGGACUCCUCGGGGUCCAUGACACGCCAGUGUUUCCCUCCAAGAAAGAUUUUUUUUUCAGCAGUAGUCCAUUAGGAUGGCACAAAGACAAUUUUUUUUUUUUUUUUUUAAAUGGCUAAAUAGACUUUUUAGUUGUUUUUGUUUGUUUGUUUUUAUCAUUAAUAUUAACGAAGAAACACAUGUGGAUGAUUUUGAAUGUUGGGGAAACACUGCACACUGUCAGGGGCUCCAUUCAAAAGUUUUUAUUGAAAUAACAUGAUUAACAAAAAAUAGAAAAUGGUUAGACAAACGUAUUUUUUUUUACCUGCUUGUUUAAAAUACAAAUGUAUUAAGUUAAUUCAAGCUAAAGUUUCCAUAUAAUUCAUAUCAAAUUGUGUUGCAUUUAACUUUAAGAAGAUUAUAUAACAUAAUAAAGUUUGUCCCACCAUUUUCUUUCAGUGUAUUUUUACUAAUCAUUUUCAUUUUGUAAUCUGUUUAUCGACUACUUCCUACAGUCAAAUUACUUUCAUUAAGGAAUUACAUCAAGGGGUCCCCAGAAUGAUUAAUUUUCUUGGCUACAUCCACAUUACUCAUGUCUUUUUUUUAAAAAAGGAAAAAGAAGCAUAAAUUCUGCUCUGGAUACGCCUGCAGUCCACAUUAACCCGGCAUUAUUACAGCCCUGAAAACAGAGAACUUUGAAAAGCUGUGUUUUUAGUUUGUUCUACAAGUGGCAACCGGUCAUGACAUCACACAUCAGAAUCUGAACAUCACCUGCUGCAACCAGGCUCCUAUUGGACGAUAACCAGCUGUCAAUCACACUGGUGUCCACUCACACGUGCAGUUCCUUAUCCUCUGUUUUUUAAUUUACAAAACUGACACCAUGUUCUCUUUUAUAGAAGACCUGACACUAGCGAUUAAGAUCAUUUAACUCUCCAGGAAAAUACUUCUGUUAUAAAUGAAGUGAGAAGGAGAAGCCCACAGUCAAACACAGUCUAGCAGAUGUUGGCUAUCCGAUGUUCAGCUUCCUCAGAAGAACCAGAAGAACCAGAAGAAUAGAAUGAAUAGAGUGUCUUCAGUUUGACUGCGAUGCAGUUGCACUAAUUCAGUGACAACUUGGCUAUCAGACGUGAAUGAAAAGCUCUCUUGGAAUAAAGUUGACUAAAAAAGAUGAGACGCAGAGGUCGGUGAUAAUUUAUACUUUAUGCGUGAUAAAAACAGUCAAACCAGACCAUGUGCUGCCAUUUAAAACAACAAAAUACUCACUCAACUUUGACAUUUAUCACCACUCUGAUAAGUCAUAUAGUCCAAAUAAUUCAUUGUUUCGGUUUGUUUAUUUAAUUAAAUUUUUUCAUUUUAUUUUUAUUUGGGAGCUCUUGAAAAGACACACAUCACAUUUAUACAUACGUUCAUUCAAACUACGCAUUAAGUCUUAUCUAAGUAAAAAUGUGUCAUUUUCUAGAACUGUCCAUUUUAGUUUCAUUUUGUUUUAACUCAAAAACAAGUGUAGUUUUAUAAACAAGGUCUAUUUGCCCUAAAGUUCCCAAACAAAGGGGAAAAAUGUGUGUUAGUGGGUUGAACUGAAGAAAGACUUAAGGUGUUGUGACACAGAAUUGAUUGACAAUUUAUACUGUAAUGCAAACAUGGCGUGGUCAUGUUUGACCCCAGAGGACUUAAAACCUACUUUCCGUUUCACCUCCAGUCUGUCUAAUAACAGAAUUUCAUGCUCUUACUUUUCACCAUUCUUACUUAUUAUCAUUUGUAUUUUACUUUUCACAGAAUAGAGUGUCAGCUUCCUGUUUGCACCCACGUCCUCAGUGGUCAUGAUGCUGCAAUUUUGAAAUUGCAGGAGGAGGCGCAAUGUUUAUUGGUAUUGUUAUGUUAUUUAAUAUCAUUUUUAGAUGAAUAAUUGUCUUGUUUCUCACAGAUCUGCUCAAAUAUCACACAGUAAUCAUUUUAAAGAUGAGAGAAAAUAGAUAUUUACACAAAAUCUGUUUGAUACAGAGCUGAAAACUUGACCGAUUGCCUUUUAUUUUUGUUUUUUAAAUAAUAAAAAAAAAAGCCCCGUUUCUAGUAGUGUGGAUGUAGCCUUUACCUCGCCGUUGUUUGAGAACCUCUGGUCUAAUGCCUAACCACUGUCUCUCUGUCUCAGUCGGCUUGGAUUGGCUUCACUUCAUCUGAAAGAGCUGUUUUUUAAGCGUGUGUUACUGUGCAUCCGUCUCCUCUGUCGAAGCUUUGGCGAUCCUCGGUCGGCGACGUCGUCGUCGUGGUGUAAACUCUGCUCAUGUUUCCCUCGUUUGUGUGUCGC